UAUCAGAAAUUAUGAUAUAGGGCAUACGUGAGGGACACGUGCUCCGUGAAGGACCCAAAAUCAGGGGGUCAUGGGUUCGAAACUUGUGGCGAGAGCCGUGCUCUGUCGUCUGCUUUUCCCGCGCUUCUUCUCCUCUGCAAAUUCUCAUUUUGAAAAACCGCUUUCUGUUCCACCUGAUCGAGGGAGACGGCAAAAGACUCCUUACGGAAACCCUAGUCGAUGGUCAUGGCAGAAGACUGGGAAGCUUCAAAUGACACUUGCAAAUGAGAUUGUUAUGAGCGGAAGAGGGCUCCAUUCUGGUGUCAAAUCAGUUUUGAACCUUCUUCCUGCUAAUGCUGGAGAAGGUCGAUAUUUCAUUGUUGGAGCUGAUUGUACAAAGAUCCCGGCUUCUCUUUCUUUUCUUGAGGAUGGUACCAGGCUUUGCACAACUUUGAUAAAAAAUAAUGUGAGGCUGGGAACUGUGGAGCAUUUGCUAUCAGCCUUGGAAGGUCUUGGGGUGGAUAAUUGCCGCAUCAAGAUUGAACAAGGCAAUGAGGUUCCUUUACUAGAUGGUUCUGCUAAGGAAUGGGUGGAGGCUGUCAGAGAAGUUGGUCUAUCUGUAGCGGCAAAUGAUAGUGGCAUUACUAUGGAAAGGCUUGCUCUUGUAGUUCAUGCUCCAAUGAACUUUUUCAAGGAUGGUUCAUUUGUAGUAGCCUUCCCUUCUCCAAAGAUCCGGAUUACAUAUGGAAUCGAUUUUCCUCAGGCCCCCGCAAUUGGCUGCCAAUGGUUUUCUUGUUUUGGGAUGGAUGAGCAUGUCUACAUGAAAGAAAUUGCAGCUUCUAGAACCUUUUGCAUUUAUGAGGAGGUUGAGCAGCUACGAAUGAAUGGACUAAUUGCUGGAGGAUCUGUGGAAAAUGCUAUUGUUUGUAGUACCAGUGAAGGAUGGCUUAAUCCACCAUUGCGUUUCCAUGAUGAACCAUGCCGGCAUAAAGUUCUUGAUCUUGUAGGAGACCUCUCACUUCUUGCAAGCAAUGGUAAUCAAGGAUUUCCUGUGGCACACAUAAUUGUUUUCAAGGGUGGCCAUUUCUUGCAUACCAGUUUUGCCCGCCAUCUUAUGAAUCUUUAAUUGGAGGAACCAUUCCUGUGCGUACUUCAAAACUGCACCCUGGAAAGCUAGAGUCUCAUUAACAUAAAUCGUGUAUGAUUUACUGGCCUUUUGCAGCAAGAGAGGCAGUAGCCUUCUGAUUGUAAUUGCUGCCCAUCCUACUUCUCUUAUAUGCAAAAUAUGUAUGGAAAAUACACAACUGGUUUCUCAUAAUUUUGAUUGACAGGUGUAUAUUGCUACAGAAAUUGCUAUCUUAAUGCCUGAUUGCUCUUGUAAACUGGAUUUUGCAUUGUAAAAUUGAUGAAAACUAUAAUUUGAGUUCUUUCAUAUUGUUGGUC